AUGAGCGAAGGAUCCCAGUUGCAUCGACCCCAUCCACUGAGUCAAUUCCGCUCCAAUCGACGAAACAAGCGAGACGAUGAGCCCAUUUCCGAUAAUAAGAAUCUGCAGGCGGCAUUUGACCAGUUAACGAGACGACAAAGCAGUAGCCCGGCAACACCUAGAAUGAGUGAGAGUUCGGAUGCAGGCUCGUUCAUGACAGCAUCUACAAGUCUCCAUUCGCCUACCACGAGCAACAACAAUAGCAACACCUCGUUUACACAACGACGUAUGGAACGUGGAGGCAACGUGCCUAGUUCGUUUUCGUCUUUUGACUGGGAGCGACCUACCAAGAGUGGAUUAUCAUCAUCAGCAGGUUCCAGUGAAUACGAUUCAAGCGCGUACUAUGGUCUUUCACCUUUUGUCACUUCUUCUUUUAUCGAUAUACCAGUACUUGAGCGACCUGGAAACAACAAUAAUCGUUAUCGAUCCUUGUCACAGCGAUAUCAACGAGAGCGAUACAAAGGAGGAGGUGGAGGAGGAUCCACUCCAGGGGAAAGCGAUGACCCACUUUCUCCAGAUCAUCGCACCUUGUCAUCAUCCAUAACAACUCGAUCCACAAUGAGCGGCAAAAAAGGACGUGAGGAUAGCGACAUUGAAUUAUCGGAUGAUGAAGGCAAACGUGGUAGUGGUGUUGGUGAAGGUGGCAGCGACAUGUUGUUUCAAAUGGAAGAUGGGCACAGUGGCAGCAACAACAAAGGGCAUCGUUUUGAUUUGAUGGAUCCACACAGUUACGAUCAAGAGCAACAAGAUGAUGAUUAUGAUGAUGAUGAUGACGACGAUGAUGAUACCAAGACUGAACGAGCACCUAGCAACAACAACAGCCGACGAGGAACAGCAACAUUUGGUAUCGGUAGCAGAUGCUUGUAUGAUCUCAUCACGACACCACAGCAACCUUUUGAACGUGAGGAUGAUGAAGAGGAUGAGGAUGAGGAUGCACCACCAGUACGCCCUGAAUUUGCUCGAAUCAAAAACAUGUUGACCAAUUAUCGACCCAUACCCAAACAACAUGAUGGGAAGGAGAAUCAACAACAACGACAGCAACAGCAACAACGAGCACAAGCCGGCAAAUUACAGCAUCCAGCACCAAGACGACAUUUAUUACAGACGCCAGUAUUUCAGGUGGUGAAUUCCAACACUGUCAAAGAGCGAUAUCUUUUCCUGUUCAAUGAUUUAUUGUUGAUUUGCAAGCCGAUCAUGGAUGAGAAUAUCAUUGACAAUGCGAGUGUACUCAAAGGCAGCAAUACCAAGGAUGGUGGCAAGGGGGCUGGCAAAUAUCGAUUCCGGCACAAUGAAAAUAGCCUUUUCCAAGUCAAGAAUAUCGUGGAGUUGAGCAAAGUGACCUUGUAUCUACCACGUGAUGAGCAGCAGCAUCAGCAAUCAGCGAAUCAUCGACCUUCCAUGAUGAUGGAUCGUGACGGGCGGAUGUCAAUGCAAGCGUUACCACCACCUCGCAAGAUGCAUCCCGUAUUAGCAACAGCCUUACACAAGUUUGAAGCGGAUCCAGCAGAUGGUAUUGCAUAUCUUGUUGAGAAACAGGUCCUUGCAAAUGAGCCUUUGAGUAUCGCCAAUUUUCUCUUCAAGACCCCUGAUUUAUCACGACGACAGCUGGGCAAUUAUGUGUCUGAAGCAGAGAACAGUGAUAUUUAUGAUGCAUUCCUCGAUUGUUUCCGUAUGGUGGCACUACGACUCGAUGAAGCAUUACGUAUAUUGCUCAUGACACUUCGACUACCAAGCAAUUGGGAUGCACUCGAGUAUACCAUUGAGCGGUUUGCUAAAAAGUGGCAUGAUGCUAAUCAGAAUGUUGUCAAGUUUCACGAGGACAUGGUUGUCAAGGUGGUGGUUGCCAUGCUGUUUCUCAAUGCUGAAUUUUGGUACGACGCGGAUCGGAACAAGGAUGUAUUUUGGCAUGCACGUGAACACAAGGAACGGCGUGAUCGGCAACGACUGCUGACACGAAGAGCGAGCAUGAUUGAUCGCAAGGAUGAACGUGGUAGUGUUGCCAUUGAGCCAUUACAUUACAUCUCAGCACUACGUGCGAAGGAAGGAUCAACAAAGCCAUCGCUGGAUGAAUUUUUGGAUCGAUGGAGAUACUAUGAUCAAUACACGCUUGUGCCAGUGGAAUUCCUUAGAGACAUGUAUCAAUCCAUUGCAAGUGAACGACUUGAGACAGGAUGGGACAAUGGCAACAAUACGGCUGAGGAUGAGGAGAAUGAGGAUGAAUCGAUUGCACCAGCACAAGAUACCAUUAUCACUGUUACACCUCAACGUUUCCCAACAAGCCUUAUCAAGGGUGUUCCAUCAAUACCUAUUUCAAUCACGAUUCCAGCACCCGAUCCUGGUUUACAAAUCAAGUUGCGUGGGCAAGAUUUGGUGUGUGAGCCGAGUGUCUUGGAUUUUACCGAUUCAUGUGUGCAGACAUUUACAAUCACAGGCCAUACGCUUGGUCGCACGAGUUUGAUGUUUAUCAAGUCCGGAUAUCAUGCAAGUCGAUACGUCAGCCCUAGUUUACCUCGCACCAAGAGCAUUGUUGUUGAACGCCCUUUUAUGCGUUAUACUUUCCAAAUUGGUUUCUCGCAUGCUGAUCCACGUGCCAUUGCUGCUGCUGCUGCAGGAUUAAAGAGCCCUGUUGGAUCUCCUCCACCAUCUCAAUUGACAGUGUCCACCGCUACAGCUGCAGCUACUACACCUACAGCCAACACAACAACAACAUCUUCAGCUCCUCCUCCUCCUCCUGCUACCACUACUACAACUACAUCAUCAACAACAGGUGCAGCUGCAGCAACUGGUACUUCGGGUGAUGAGGAUCCUCCUAUGGUGAAGCGAAAGUAUACCUUUAGCGUGGAAUCGGAUCAAGAACGCAAGGAGUGGUUACGCCAUCUUAAGGAUGUAUGUGGACACGUGUAUGCGGGUGGUGGCACCACGUCGACAGGGCAACAUGUCAAGAGACUUUCAUCGGAGGAACGUGUGGCAUUGCAAGUUCUCAAGGAAGUGCUACUUGCGGAUGAAUUCAAAAAGGGCACAGCCAAUGUGACAGCUCUGAGCAAAGUAUGGGGAAGAUCAAGCAUGAUUGAUGUGGGAAGCCAAACCAACAGCCCUGCCAAGGAAAUCAAGGAUGGUGAUCAUCUUUGGGUCAUGCAAAGUCCUGUCAAGGAAGAUCUCGUUUUUCUCGAAGGCAAUACCAACAACAACAACAAUACCUCCUCAGCAGCAGUCAACAACAACAAUAAUGCAGACAAAAAGAAUGAUGAUGCAGCCUCCACCAAAGCAGCAGAUCGCAGCUCGAUUGUCACAACGGCUACUACGGCUACUACUACAACCAAAUCCGCCGCCAAUGUAGUCACCAAACGUGGCCAUGAAAUCAUCAAGCUCGUAGUACAGAAUUCUAUGGUCCCUCUCAUGUUGGGCUUUUUAAGGAAACAGAUCCCCAAAGAAUAA